AUCAACAUUUCUGUCCUCUGCAAUGAUCCCCAUUAUAUGCUUCCUUUUCGUGCUUAUUUCAGCACCAUAGAAGCGAGGAGGGGGAAAGAGACAGAGACAGCGCUAGCGAGAAGCUAGCGUACAAAGCGUCAGCAUAACUGCUCCGACAGAGAGAGGCAAAGAAGGGGGAAAGUUGAAGUGCGAUGAGCAACGCCAGGCUCUCAUCUCCCUCCCUAUUUUUCCAAGCUGGCACUGUGUUUAGAGAGGGCGCUCAUCAUGCAGUGUUUAGCAGCAGGGGCUGAUAGAACUGCAAAGUCGCAGGAAAGGUGCUCUGAAGAAUCUGCUUUCCAAGUCCAAGGAAGACUGGAUCUGGACAGCUGGCAUCGGAGCAAUUAGUCUCUCUCUGUUUAUCUGUCUGUCUCUCUGUUUAUCUGUCUGUCUCUCUUUUCCUCUGAAGCUGGCCUUCCACUUUUCAGAUUUUCCAGGAGAACAUUGGCAGUGUUACAAUUGGGACUCAGGUGUCCAAUCCCAUUGUAAAAUUUCUUUGUGCUUCCUUUUCUUGUGGGAUUGUGUGGCUCUCUUGCAUUAUCCUGAUGUGAUUUUCUUACACCCACCCCUUUUUGUUUUGGAAUCAUGGGCAUCUUUUGGGCUUAUAUUGGAUUCCAUUUCUUCGUAGUAUUUUACAUACAGCAAGGACUUUCUUCUCAAGCCAAAUUUACUGAAUUCCCUCAGAAUAUCACAGUUACUGAGGGGCAGAAUGUGGAGAUGUCUUGUGCAUUCCAGAGUGGCUCUGCCUCAGUGUACCUGGAAAUCCAGUGGUGGUUUCUGAGGGCAACUGAGGACCAAGAAGCUGGAGCUGAGUUGACGGACACUCAGGUGGAAUUAUCACCAGAGAAAGACUUGGACAAUGAUGGAACAAAGAUAAGUACAGUGAAAGUACAGGGGAAUGAUAUUUCCCACAAGCUGCAGAUCUCCAAAGUCAGGAGAAAGGAUGAAGGACUGUAUGAGUGCAAAGUGACAGAUGCCAAUUACAGACACUUUCAAGAAUACAAAGCCCAAGCUUAUCUCAAAGUCAAUGCAAAUAGCCACUCUCGAAGAAUGCAGGCUUUUGAAGUUUCCCCAAUGUGGCUGCAGGAUAAACCUCGCAAGAACAUCUCAGCUGCCUUUUCUAACAGCAUCCAUAAUUCUGCCAGUCAACGUCCCAUUUCUAAUCCUACAGCAAAUGCCAAAAUCACCAAGCAAAGCCCACAAUCAGCAAAGAGCAAAUCGCCUGUAAAAUCUACGGAGUGGACAGAAAAAUUGAUCCUAACUUCCAACCACCACCCUGCACCCAAUGUACACUAAUUCACUACACAGAGGAGCACCUUCUUCAGAAAACACAUACAAAAUCAAUAAAUAAAAUAUUACACUUUUUAAAAAAAAGAAAAGAAAAAAAAGACAAAUAUCAAGUUCAUUUCUUUUGAAUCUAAUUUUUUUUUCCUUUUCCUUUUUUCUCUCUUUUUCUUUUUCUUUUUUAAGAGGAAUUGGCACACGGUAAUAAAAUAUUGUUCAAUGUGGCAAUGUACAUUUUUCUUUAUUUUUAUUUUUCUUGACUCAAACAAAUGAAAGUGCUGAAUUACCUUGAUUCUUCAGCUGUUAUUUAUAUAUUUUUUUAUUUAUUCAUUUUUUGAUAUUAUCAAACUAGACAUGGUUCUUAUCCGGAAAGAGAUAACUCUAAGCAGAAAGAUAAUAAACUCAACUUCCCUUCUACUACAUCUCAACACAUAGCCUCUCUAGGUUUCCAGAUGCCAACUUUACUCAGAUGGCAGCAGAGGGAAACAUCCUUUGGAGGAACAUCUUUUUUGGACGGCAAAUCUUGCCACAAAUCCAAUGCAGCUAAUAAGUACAAGAAGUCUAUAAAGAUGGAAAAUGUGCAAAAAAAUGUCUGAGCCUUAGUUGGAGUUUCUUAGUUCAUUUCUUCUUCUCAUGAUUAUUACUUUCUUUCCUGUUUGAUGGUGGCAAUUAUCAGCCUGGCCAACCCCUAUGGGGUACUUAAAGGUUUCUAUAAAUACAUAUAUUAUAUGUGCGUGUUUUCUAUUUUGAUAGGUUUUCUUUAAUUUUGCACUUCUAUAUUUGCAAACUUUAACUUACAUUCUGUAAACUGUUUUCAUGUGUGAUACAACUUCAAACAGAUGUUCCUUGGUACAUUUAUAUGUCAGUUUUAAAUAUUAUCUCAGUGUGCUGCCACCAACUUGACAUCUUUUUUCUUUUACCAAAGCAUUUAUUUUAAGUUAUAAUUCAGUACUAUGUGGCAUUUUGUAAUUCAUGCAAUCAUUUUCCACUAGCCUAAGUCCUUGCUGAUGGCAAUGCACCCCUCUACUAACUCUGUAAAAAUGCACAUUUGUUAUGGUUUCCAACAGAAAUAUUUGAGUUGCCCAGGAAUGUUGGAAUUAUUUCUGGAAUAUAUUUUAUCAAUUAUAUAUACCCUGCAAAAAAAAUUGAAAGGAAAAAUGAGAAAGAGAAGAGAGACAGAAAAAAAAUGUACCCUGUUCUCUGGUUGGGUGGGUUUUCUUUUAAUUUUGUUAUUAAUAAAAUCAGAACUUGGUAUACCAACAACUUAAUUUGCUCAUAAUAUAGGAAGUAGUCUCAUGUAUGAGGCUACACAGAAUUAUUAUAUUUUAAUUGACUUGUGUACUGUAUUUGAUGUGAUAAUGAGACAGCCUAUAUGAGAAUGACAUUUCUUUGUGAAAUCAGAUAUUUUUUAAAAAAAAUAUGCAAGUCUUAAUACUUCCUAGCUAAAUGAGUGCCAACAGAAUGUGUUAAUAACUGUAUAUUAAAUGAACCUUUUUUCUAUUAAAGAGAUAUAAUAUCAACCAA